AUGGAUAUAGAGCUUCUUAUUAUUUAACAAGAUGCUUUUUCUACAAACUCAGAAUAAAGAAACCUAAAAAAUAAAUCAAAAAUGGAAAUUUUAAUCAAAGAGAGUAAUUUUAUAUGCCAUUCAAUAUGCACCUAUCAAAUUAUAAAGAGUUUUUUAUUCCUAGCAUAUUAUCAAGUUGUUCUCAAUUCUCCAUUACAUUAUGCUACAUUUCUAGUUUUCGCUCAUGAUGCUAUUACAUUUUUCUUUUAUAUAAUUUUAGAGUAAAAAAUAAUUUUAAAUCAAUUAGCGCUUUAACUUUUAAGUUCAAUUACUAACUCUUACUAAUAGAAGAUAAAGUUGUUAACAUAUUUCAUUUAAAUCACAGUUUAAUUUAUCUGGCAAUUUAAGAAGUUCUCUCUUUGUUUAGACCUCUCAAUGGAAUAAUACUCCUAUAUUAAAUCUAAUAAAAAAUGUUAAUGUAUCCUCUUAUUAUUAUCAGAAUACUUCAUUAUGGCUGUUCAGCCUACUACUUAUUUCAAUUUUUAUAAAUUUCUUAAGAAACUUGCUUACUAUUUCAAGUACAAAUUAUAGAGAUAAUUCUACACUGGAUUGCUACGUUAAUUAUUACAAUCAUUAUUGGAAUCGUAAUAAUAUUUAAUUACUACUUUGGAAAAUAGGUUCAUUUUAAAUUCUAAAGUAGAUUUUUAGGAACUAUUAUUGAUGAUUUUAAUGAAAUGAAACUUCGAGAUGUUAAUUCAUUACUCAGAGCCACAACGAUAGAUUGGUAUAAUAAUAAUCUAAGGUAGCCCUAUUUGUUAUUAAGGAAUAAAUGAGUCUGAUACAGUUAUUUAAUUACCUUGCCAUUAAACACAUUUAUUUCAUUCAUAAUGCUGCAAAUAGUGGUUAUUCUAAAAUCUUCAAUGCCCAAUCUGUAGAAAUUAGAUAGAAUCCAAAAAUAAACACUCUUUUCCUGUUCCUUAUCAAUGA